GAGCUAAAAAGAGGAAUGUUUUGAGUCUGUUUUUGCUCUACAGAGCCAUGAGGUCGACAGAAGAAGCUGUUUCAGGUCUAAGUGUCGAACAUUUAUCCCUUCUUACGUUUCAAUGCUGAAUGGAGGCUAUAGAAGAUUGGACAGAAUUUGAUGCUCCUCCUCCUGACAUAUCUGGAUGGUCAAAAGUGUUGUUCCUUUGGGUGUCAGGCAUGGAACACUGACAUCAGCAGUGCAACAAACUGAGAGCAGCUUUGUUUAAAAUCUGACAAAGAAGAAGUCCAGCAUGCACUUUCUAUCCCAGCAUAGCUUAACAGCUCAGUGGAUCACAUGCUGCUACCUGGCAUGUGUAGUCAUCAUGGUCUCCUGCACUGGACCUGUUUCCCCCAUGCAUACACCUCCAGUGACAGCAGGUCUCCGCUCUGCUUUCUCUGCCACACGGACCAGCAGCAUGGUGGGAGGCAAGCAGAAGGCCAUCACCUUCAACAGGCUUACAGUCAACAUUGGUGGUGACUUCAACCCAGACACCGGCCACUUCCGCUGUCGCAUCCCCGGGGCUUAUUACUUCUCCUUCUCUGUGGGGAAAUUUCCAAAGAAAAUGCUUUCUGUGAUUCUGGUGAAGAACGGAGAGGAAGUGCAGGCCAUAGCGUACGAUGACUAUCGCAAGAAAGGGAGGAAAGUUCAGAGCCAGAGUAUCAUGAUCAGUUUGAAGGAAUUUGACACAGUGUGGCUGCUUUUACAGCAAAGUCCACAGUAUGCUUUGUACAGCAAUGCAGGCCCUUACAUCACAUUCUCUGGUUAUCUUGUCUACCCUGACAUCUCCUCAAGCUUCAUCAGCAACCACUUGUCCCCACCAGGGAUGUCUUUCCCAAAUUGCCCUCCUCAGGGUGACCUUGGGGCAAGAGGUCAAAGUUCAAAUCAGUCGCAGUCUGCCUUCUCUGUAGCACGGACAUCCACACUCAUGGGUCAGAGCAGCCGGCACCAGGACAAGCCACCUCUAAGCUUUGAUGUGGAAUAUGUCAACAUUGGGGGACAUUUCAACAAAACCUCAGGCUUUUUCACCUGCCACUUUCCGGGUGCGUACUUCUUCGCCUUCACUGUGGGAAAACACCCCCGCAAGGCUGUUUCUGUGAAGCUGAUGACUGGGAAAGGCGAGGUGCAGGCCAUGGUGUUCGAUGAGGACACGUCAAAGAGACGGGAGAUGCAGAGUCAGAGCAUACUGCUGUCUCUCCGCCGGGGCGAUAAUGUGUGGCUGUACAGUCAGCAGGAUGAGCGCUAUGCUGUCUACAGCAACCAGGGCAGGUACACCACCUUCUCUGGCUUCUUGGUUUAUCCUGAAGUAGAGACAGUCACAUCUCCCACCCCCUUGGACAGAACUCACCUGUAAAUAUGUCACCCUCAAUGGUGUCCUUUUUUUUAACAAAUGAGAUGAAAAGACAUUAGAUCUAAUGUUUCUGUAGAAUUUCUGUAGUUUAUCUCUGUAAUGUAGCAAAAAUGCAGAAAAUAUUCAACAUUUUUAUCUGCUUCUUUAAAAAAAUGAUUCAUCAAACAGUAAAUUAAAUGGAAAACAUCUGUUGCCAAAGUAGUCCACAAGAUGGUGCUAUGAGUCAAUAUGGAACCAGACUUCAAAAGGCAACUAGCUCAUAUAUAUAUAUGUAUAUAUAUAAUGCAUCAAUAAACAUCGUCUUUGAUUUAGUAAUAAACGUUGGGUUUAGUCUGUAAUGUUCUUUCAAUGACUUUUGCAUUUAUAAGUAAGAAAAAUAAUACAUUUUAACCACUAAGUACCAGUGCAUGUAAGAAUAAGGAUGUAAAUGAUGUAUAGUUUAUUAACAUUCACUUACUGUAAAAAUAAGAUGUAGAAAUGCAGCAUAGUCAUGUCAGAGGUAACAGUCUUGUUGUAUUAAACUUGAAUGCUGUGGAUAAACUUAUCUCUAUUUGCAUAUACCUAUGCAUGUUUGAUGUCCUUAUGGAAAGUAAUAAAUACAUUAGUAGACUGUAA